AUGGAGAUCGGCGGCGGCGGCGGCGGUGGCGGCGGCGGCGGGGGGGGGGAGACGGGGGAGGAGCAGCAGCGGCAGCUUCUGAAGGCGGAGAUCGCCGUACACCCGCUGUACGAGCAGCUGCUGGCGGCGCACGUCGGGUGCCUGCGGGUGGCAACGCCGAUCGACCACCUGCCGCUCAUCGACGCGCAGCUGGCUCAGUCCCACGGUCUGCUCCGCUCCUACGCCGCCCAGCACCGCCCCGUUCUCUCCCCUCACGAGAAGCACGACCUUGAUAACUUCCUGGUCAGCUCCCCAUCUCUCUCUACUCUCCUCUCUCUCUCCUCUCUCUCUCUCUCUCUAUUCUCUCUCUUCUGUUUUCUCCCUAAUGAAAGGGGGUUUGGUGGGGAUGGCAGACGCAGUACUUGCUGGUGCUAUGCUCUUUCAAGGAGCAGCUGCAGCAGCACGUCCGAGUGCACGCCGUGGAGGCGGUGAUGGCCUGCCGGGAGAUCGAGCAGACCCUGCAAGACCUCACAGGUACCAUAUUCCGCGCAAGCUUUCCAAUUCUGACCUUCUCCAUCUUCAUGCACGCAUCCGACUGCAGAUUAUCUCCGAAGCUAUGUUCGUUGGUUGAAUUAUUGCUCCGUUGACUUCUUUUCUUUCGAAACUCUUUCCGCUAUGGUUCAUGUCAGACAUAUAUAAAUAUAUAGGUAUAUAUAUAUAUCUAGCGAGAGAGAGAGAGAGAGAGAGGGAGGGAGGGAGGGAGGGAGGUAGUCUGAGAGAGAGCGAGAGGGAGGUAGUCUGAGGGAGAGAGAGAGGGAGGCAGUCUGAGGGAGAGAGAGAGGGAGGUAGUCGGAGAAAGAAAGAGAGGGAGGGUUAGAGAGAAGAAGGAAGAGAGGCAAGGAGAGAUGCUGGUGGGGAGUGGGUGGGUAUGGUAGUUGAGUUAGGUAGGGGAAGGUGACAGCAGCCCUCUAGAGGGUGCAGCCUCACAUAGUCACAUGUGGGGACUCUCAAUCUCUCCUGGCAUCGUCGCUUGUUACCAUCCACUUCUUCACUUACCCGUCAAUCCUAGCCCUCAGAAUUUGCUGGCUUUCCACGCCAUCAAUAAUUACAUGAGGACCCUCUCUCUCUCUCUCUCUCUCUCUCUCCCUCCCCCCCCCUUCUCCCCCCCUCCCUCCCUCUCUCUCUUUCUGUCAUUUGUUCUUGUACAUCCUUUUAUUUACCAAGGCUAGGUUUUUCUUGGGUUGCAUUUCAAGUUUUCGAAUAAAGUCAAUGAAACUCUUGGGAAAUAAUUAAAUGUGAAAUGUAGAAUGAGAAAACGGAGGAAGGAGGAUGGGAUGUUAGAAGGUUAGGCAUGCUGUUGAUUUUAAACCAGAAGAAAUUCAUGGGGAGGACUAUUGAAGAGUCUUGUGUAGAAAUUAUUAAUGAGCUCCACAUUAAAUUAAUCAAGAAUUGGUAAAGCUUGAAAUUAUGGAGGAAGCUGCGUUUGUGGACAAAUAAUGUUGAAUAUGAAGAAGAAGACUUCUGUAACUGUUUUGUUUGGACGAGGGACAUGAUACUCAAUUAUUAGCGGCCCAAGAAGUUGACUCGUAAAUAGUAUUUUAGAAUUUGACUAUCAUAUCACUUGAGCAAACCUUUAAUGUGGUCAACUCAUCAAUAUUUUAUUAUUUUUGAAAAAUCAUACAUUCAAAGAAUAUCAAUGGCACGCUCUACUUGAAUACCCAAAUUAAAACACUUUUAUUGGAACAUUUAAUAUAUGAAUGAGAUUUAUCAUAUUCUUAAAAUUUUAGAAAGCAAGUUCAUUUCUACUAAGAAUGACUUAAAUUGUUAGAUACUAGAGCACAAUAUUAGAUUAUUCACGAGGGUUCUUGAGAUGAUCUGUAUGUUAGGUUAUGUGCUUCACAAUUUGAAUGUUUUGGAUGAGAAAUCAAUUAAAGAUCUGAAAUAAGUGGUAAACACUUCACAAAUAAAUGUUAUUUUUCUAGUAUAGAUGUUAAAAUACUGAUAUAUCAAACCAAAUAUUGAUCUUUAUGGAGAAAUUUUCAUCAUAAAGCUAACUUGAGUAUUGAAGAAACAAAUUGUUGUCACUACCUUUUUCCUUACGAUUGCCAUGCUGAUUUAACACCGUUUACACUAUCUUGUAAUUUUAUAAUAUCUUGAUAUACUCAAUUUUUGUUUUAUAGAUGCAUAUUAGUUCUUGAAAUGUCUAGUUAAUCAAUUCGUAAUGGAAUUUGUGUGGCCUUAGUUGUGUGAAAUGACUUUGUUUUCUGAGAUCAUAAAAGAUGAAGUCUUCAAGAAAAUAGUAAGAAAUGAUGACAUGACAUCUAGAAUAAUUCAUAUUAGAGAAAUAUAAAACCUGUAAGAUUAAGAUUUAGAUAUCUAAUCUUCAUUAAGUUUUAUUUAUCAAGUAAUUUAAUGUGAAAUUUAGAAUAUUAAAAGCAUAAGUUUACACUCUAAAUUCUUGAAGUGUGAAUGAAGGGUAGACUAAAGUAUCAAAAAGAAUGAGAUUUUUUUCAAGAAUUUAUUGUAGCUUUUUUUGGGUGAAAAAAUUGAAAUAUGUACUGAUAAAAUAAGAAUUAAAUAUCAUAUAAAAAAUAUGAAGGUAAAUUUUUAUAAACCUUUGAAUGAGUGGAUUACUUCUAUACUUCCUUAGUGGCCAAGGAUUAAAAACUUAGAGAUGAAAUGGGCACAUGAAAGGUGUGCAUUGAAUUCCUUAGAGGCACUAGAAAAUUGAAUUUUUAUUAUGUUUUGUGUAAGGUUUAAUCAUUAAGUACCAAUAUAUUAUUCUAACAUUGUAGAAGGCUCUUGAUAAUUUUGGGGCAUUGAUAUAUCAUAAUGAUUAAAUUAUAACAUAAAUAAAAAUCAUGUUAGAUUACAAUAUUAUCUCAAUUUGUAUCUUUUAAAGUUUUUUUAAAAAGUUUUAGUUUUUUUAGUAACCAAUUGAUACAAUUGCCAUUAAACUCAACCACAUGUUGUUCUUUUCAACUUUUAUUUUAUUAAAAAUUAAAGUGUAUCAAAGCAUAUGCGUGUGGUAAACUAAAAGUCUUGAUGAUCAAUACACAAUAGAAUUUAUAUUUUUAUAGAUUAUGAAUGAUAAAUAUUAUGGAAAUAGAAUAUAUUUUUUGUAUCUUUAGUGAGAUGGAAGGGUUAUAAAUAUGGUGUAGAUAUGUUGUACCUUCUCCAUUGAAAUAAAUAAUUCAUCAUGAAUGGAAUGCUCUACGUUGGUUUUGUAAUAAAAACAAGCAUCUAGUAGUGUAUUUUUCAUGGCUGGUUACGAUGCUUGUGUCCCUUACAAUAAAGCUUGAAUCGAAUAAUAUUUUGAUGUUGUAUUCUAUAUGUGAGAAAACUGAAAAUUAUUGAGAGAAAAGGUAGCCUAUUUACAAUAAAGUGUAAUCCUUUUGUAUGAUCUUGUAGGUGUGACCCUUGAAGAAGGAAUAGGAGCAACAAUGUCAGAUGAUGAAGAUGAACUACAACUAGAUUAUGGCCUUGAUGGUGAUAAUGAAAUACAUGACAUGACAGGAUUUGGUCCACUAAUGCCAACGGAGUCUGAAAGAACUUUAAUGGAAAGAGUUCGUCAAGAAUUAAAGACUGAGCUAAAACAAGUAAAUUGUUUUGCUAUAAUUACUUGAUUCUCUUUACUUAUCUUAAAUUAUUCAUGUUAACCACAUGAGGUCUUUUUCUCAAUUUAAUAUUCAAGGGUUUUAGAUCAAGAAUUGAAGAUGUGAGAGAGGAAAUUCUAAGGAAGAGAAGAGCAGGAAAACUCCCUGGGGAUACAACUUCUAUAUUGAAGCAAUGGUGGCAACAACAUUCCAAGUGGCCCUAUCCAACUGUAAGUUUUUUGUUUCAUUCUCAAUUCUCAUUGUGGAUGGAAGCGAAAAAUAGGACUUUUGACAUAAUUUUAUGAUUUUAUUUUGAAAACCUUUUCAACUUUCUACGAUUAAAAUAUUUUUUCCUUUAUAAUAAAAUUUCAAUAUCUAAUAUGUGCAUGAAAUAGUGCACAAUCUCACGUUCCAUGUUAUUUAACAACGAAAUGAUAUUUUGGAAAUAUUUUUUUAUGAAAUGGUUUAUACUUUAUUGCCAAGCCAUGAUAACACAAAGGUCUAAGUAUAAUAUUCACAAUUUUGAAUGCUUAUUUAUCUUUCAAUAAGCAUUGUAGCUUGUAAAAUUAUGUUUCAAUGACUGAUUUAUGAUUUUAUAAUAUAUUUGAUAGAAGAUGUUUAGAUUACUCUUCCCAUCAAAGGUAUUUUCAAACAUUCAAUAAAUAUUAGAUAGUGAUCCAAUCAUUGGUCGUUUGUAAAAAUUCCUAUUCAAUCGUUUUAUAUAGAUAUUAGAUGAUGAAAUAUUAUAGUAAGGUCAUCAUUUUUAUAUCCUUAUUUCUAGAUGUAACUAUUCAAUGAACUUUGAUUUGAAUUUCAUUACAACAUGAAUUUAUGUAAUAGAUAUAUAACUUCAUAUGUGAUAUGAGAUUCAAAUCAUAGCUUCUCAUUGCAAUAUUCUAUGUAAGAAGAUAAUCCUAUAAUUGCACUUGCCAUUUCUAAUUCAUCAUCAUGUCUCAUAUUUUUUAUGAAUCCUUGAAACAAAUAGAUGUUUACUCUAAUUUUAUGUUGUGUAGGAAGAUGAUAAGGCAAAAUUAGUUGAGGAAACAGGCCUUCAAUUGAAGCAAAUCAACAAUUGGUUCAUCAACCAGCGAAAGCGUAAUUGGCAUAGUAACUCUCAAUCUGCAACAACACUGAAGUCAAAACGAAAAAGGUAAAUACAAACAUUGCAACUAUGUAAAAAAAUUUGCAAAAUAAAUGACACAGUUUUGUUUCAGGUGAAAAACAUCAGAGUCAAGAACAAUAUUCGAUUCAAUCUAGCAAAACAACUUAAUGUGGAAGGUGACAAUGGAUGUGUCAUAGAAAUCAGGAUAAAUAGUAAAUAUAUUGUGUACUGAUUUAAAUGACAAACAAUCUAUAAUUUAACUUGUGUAAUUGAAUUCUAUUUUGUAUUAACAUUUGUUAUACAUAUAUAUAUAUGUUGUCUUGUGGAAAGCUUCCUAGAAUAAUUUUAUCAGACUUUGUAUGUGCAUGAAACUGAAAUCAAGAUGGGGUCUUUCUUUCUAAAGGAAGAUCAUAAGCUUAUCUUUAUCUAAUGUGCUGAUAACAAGACAUUGAAUUGGAGGUUUUGUUGUAUAUCCUCUUAAAAUCACCCAUGAUUUAAAUUAUCUUUCUAAGGUUUUAUUGAAUUUUUAAGUGUUUAACACUUAAGAACUUAAAAUUUUUUUAUAAAUCAAAAUAAAUAAAACUUAUAAACGAAAGUUCUAGCAUGUGAAUGCAUGUGCAUUGUUGGCUUUGAACCAACAAAUGGUGCAUUUUUUCCCUGAAUAACUAAGAUGGCCAAGCAUUCACUUUUACCUAAGUUUCAUGGGAAGCAUUGACUGAAUAAUUAGAUAGCAGCAAGUUGACAAUCUCCAAUGACAAGAUUCCCAAUUCUUGAGGUAGAUAUUUGGUUACCCUUUACUGCAUUAUUUUAUUUAGUCUACUAUCCAAAUAUUAGGUGACCAAAUGGGUGAAUAUCAAUUUAGACUCCAACUAUUAACAAAAAUAUGAAAGAAAUAGUAGAGCAAGUGAUGUGAAUCACAUAAAGAAAUACAAGAAAAACAUGGCAAGAUCUCCAAGUAUAGAACAUAACUACGAGUGGUUACUAAAGUAGUAACAGUCCAAAAUGUUCCUCAUAUUUUAUCUUUAUAAAACACUUAAUUAUGGCCCUCCGAUAUCAUUUAAGGACCAAACAUUGGUCACGUAGUUUCAUAAAUAUUAACUCACAUGGCUUCUGAAAGGUAUAAUAGGGUAAGUAGAACAAAAAAAUAGAUCAUGUCUGAAGCAUAGCUAGUUAUUUCUCUAAUUUAGUCAUUUUUCCUUGGCACACUAAGUAUUUAAUAACAAUGUUGGUUGGUAAUGAAAAGCAGGCCUUGUGGAUACACCUAAUAUAGUACGUCCUGAAGAUGACUGAUCCAAUUUACUUUGGCUAAUACUUAUCUGCAGCAGUUGCUAUCAAACUGUAAUGCUCAUGAUAAAAUUUAAAUAAACAGUUGAUCACAGCGUUUUAUAAAUAUUUUAGAUUCACGUCCCUCAAGAGACAUGAAAACUAUGAGAAUUAUUUCGAAGGGAAGGCUAGGGGAAUCUGAAUAGUUAA